AUGGCGAAAUUCGAAAUUCCACCACCAGAUAAAGAAGAAUUGUUUUUGGCAAAGCAAGUCUUUGGUGAUACGACUGAUUUCCAAUCUAGCUUAGCCAAUUUUAAUGAUGAAUUUCUAUUUGGAAUGAGUGAUUUUGAUGAAGAUGCAGACAUAGAUAAUGGUGAUGACAACAGUAAAGAUGAAAACGAAGAAGACAAUGGCGACAAUACAAUGAAAAAUAUUAUGGAUGAUCAAUUAUUCUUCUUUGAUGAUGGUGAACCAUCUGAACAAACUGAUCUUAUGGAUGUAGAUAAUGAAGAAAGCCAACCUGAUGAAGAUGAGACUGAUGACUCAAGUAUUAGUGAAAGCGAGAGUGAUGUUGCUUGGGAGGACUCAGAUGACGAAAGAUUACAUAUUUCAAUCAUGAUGACAAAUAAAACCAAGAAAUUGAGAACUUCAUAUGAAGAAACUAAAAUCAAUGGUAACGAUUAUGUCCAAAGAUUAAGAGCGCAAUUUGAAAGAAUUUGUCCAAGACCCAAAUGGGUGGAUGACGAAUCUGAUAGUGAUAGUAAUAAUAAAACGUUGGACUCAGAAGAAGAUGAUGGAGAGGACGGUUUAGAACAGGUAAUUAAUGGCGAUGUCAAUGCUCUGUCGAAGAUAUUGAAGAGUACAUACAAUUACAAAGAAACUAAUUCAAAACUACUACCGCAUACAAACUUGGAUAUAUUAAGAUUAAAAGAUGCAAAUAUAACCCAUCCCUCAAAGGCAGCUAUACAGUCACUUUCAUUCCAUCCAUCAAAACCAUUAUUAUUAACUGGUGGGUAUGACAAAACAUUGAGAAUUUACCAUAUUGAUGGAAAAAACAAUCAUUUGGUUACAAGUGUAUUUUUAUAUAACACGCCAAUACAAAAUUGUUUUUUUUAUCUAUCUCCAAAUAAAUAUGAACAAAAAAUUUUUACUGGUGGUAGAAGACGUUAUAUGCAUUCAUGGGAUCUUUCCUCCUCAAUUACAAAUAGGUCAGAUUCUUUAACACAAGUUGCUAAAAUUGAAAAAAUUUCAAGGUUAUAUGGCCAUGAAGAUAGGCAAAGAUCAUUUGAAAAGUUUAAAUUGGGCCAUUUUUACAAUUUCCAAACUGGAGGUGUUCAUGGUAUUAUCUGUUUACAAGGUAAUAAUGGCUGGAUCAAUAUUUUAAGUUCCAUCACUGGUAUGUGGAUGUUUGGUUGCAAGAUUGAUGGUAAUUUAGUCGAUUUCUGUCUAGAUUAUCAGUCAGUGUCAAAUAUGAAAAAGAAGAGUAAUAGCAAUAAAAAGAAUAAAAAUAGUGGUACUGUAAGAAGCUUUAAAACAAUCUUGAUUGUGACAAAUACGUAUGGUGAAGUAUGGGAAUUUGAUUUGAACCAAAAUGGUAAAGUACUUAGAAGAUGGAAAGAUAACGGCGGUAUUGGUAUUACCACUAUUCAGGUUGGUGGGGGCACUAAUUCAAAUCAUUUAUUGUCCACUGAACAAAUUAGAUCCAAUAGGUGGCUAGCUAUUGGAAGUGAAAGCGGGUUUGUUAACAUCUAUGAAAGAAACAACAAUGGUGCCAUGAAAGAUGACUCUCCAAAUCCAAAGCCUGUCGCUACUUUAGAUCAAUUAACUACUACAAUAUCAUCAUUACAAUUUUCACCAGAUGGCCAAAUUUUAUGUAUGGCAUCUAGAGCUGUUAAAGAUGCAUUAAGAUUAGUCCAUUUACCUACAUUUAGUGUAUUUAAAAACUGGCCAACUAGUGGUACUCCCUUGGGUAAAGUUACUAGUGUUGCAUUUUCUCCACGUGGUGAAAUGCUAGCAGUAGGUAAUGAGCAAGGUAAAGUAAGACUAUGGAAGUUAAAUCAUUAUUAG